CUCAGCCGCGCGUGGUCCGGGGGCCCCGCCCGUGACCUUGCUCUUUCAGUGUCGACGGAGACCGGGACGCAAGCAGACGCACUUUGCCAGGCCGAGAGGAAGCGUCAGAACGAAACGGACUGCGAUCAUGGCGGCCGCGUCGUCCGCACGCUCGGUCGCGAGCCAGUCCCUGGCGGCGUUCGCCGUGCUCCUCAUCAACAUCACAAGUGGAAUGGGCCUCGGCUGGCCUUCCCCUGCGUGGAUCAAGCUCACGGAGCCAGCCGCCAGCGACAACCACACCGGUGGCCCAGGGUUCAUCCUCGACGUGGACGAGGCGUCGUGGGUCGUGGCGCUCUACGACACGGGCAUCCCCCUGGGUUCGGUGCUCGCCGGCCUGCUCCUGAGCUCGGCCGGGCGGCGCCGCACGCUCAUGCUCGCCCCGCUGCUCGUGAUGAGCUCGUGCGCCCUCGCGGCCACGGCCAGCUCCUCCACGCCUCUGAAAGUGGCGCGAGUCCUCCACGGCAUGAGCUUUGGCAUGGAAAUGUCCCUCAGCAGCCUCUACAUUGGCGAGAUGACAAGCAGCGACAUGCGAGGCAAGCUUUGCACGUUCACGUCUUCACUCGUGUUCGUCGGCGUGCUCAUCGAGUACAUCAUCGGACCGUAUGUGUCGUACCUGGCGCAGGCGCUGCUGCCGGUGCCGUUCGCGCUGCUCAGCCUGGUGCUCUGUCUGGUGUGGGUGCCCGAAAGCCCCUACUUCCUUGCGGCGCGCGGCCGCCACGAGGAGAUGCACCGCGCCCUGGCCCGCCUGCGCGGCCUGCGCGCUGGUGACAGGCAUCCCGACGUGGACGGCGAGGCCGAGGAAAUUCUGCGCUUCACGGAGCAGGACCGGCGGCGGAAGCGCAUCCAGUGGCGCCACCUGCUGUCCUCUGCGGGCAGCCGGCGCGGCUGCCUCAUCGUGCUGUUCUUGUGCGGGACCGCGCCUCUGACCGGCACCGGCUGCCUGCUAGCGUACGCGGAGUACAUGUUCCGCACGACGGGCAGCGCCCUGCCCUCCGAGAUCGCUGCCAUUAUCAUGAGCUCCGUUCAGGUGGCGGCUGGAGUGGCCUCCUCUCAGGUUAUCGACCGUGCAGGUCGGCGGCCACUGCUGCUAGUUUCCUCGUUGUGCAACGCCGGGGCGAUGGUCGUGGCCGGCAUAUUUUUCUUCUUGAGGGACGCCCUGGGAAACAACGAGGCGGCCUCACACAUAACCUGGCUGCCCCUUGCGGCGCUUAUGGUCUUCAUGGUGUCCAACAAUUUGGGCACCACCACCGUGCCGUGGGUCAUGAUCGGCGAGCUGCUGCCCCUCCAGGUGAAAGCCUUCAUUCCGAGCCUGUCGGUGCUCGGCUUCUCCAUCGUGGCCUUCAGUGCCAACAAGCUUCUCCCGGUGUUAGUCGAGCGCGUCGGGCUUUUCCUGCCUUUCUGGACUUUCGGGGCUUGGUCCAUCGUCAUAUUUGUCUUCACCUUCUUCAUGGUGCCGGAGACGCGCGGAAAGACGCUGCUGGAAGUGCAGGCCUUGCUAGAAGGGGACAAGGCAAAGUUGAGGCAUCAGGAAGCCACUGCCCUGGAUCCCGAGGACAAUCAAGAGCGCUGUUGAUCCUUACUAAAGCUAUUCAGUAAACGUCACUUCGAGCCUAAGUGGUAUUAACGUAGGAGUAGUACGUGCAGCAGCCCGUAGUGGCUGUGAGCUUUAGUCGUUAGUGUGCUAAAAUUAUCAGGUGUAACUUUUAAAAGAACACAGUAAUGUAGAGAUAGAAUGCCAGUAAAGCGGGAAAGAAGAACAGAAAAAAAGAAGAAAAAAAAGACUUUAAAUCGAAAUGGUACAGUUGUUGGCAUAGUCCAUUUUGUAUUUUUGAUUUUUAUUGUUGGAAGUUUGGUUCUACUUUUUCCUAUGUCAUUUUAAGUUCUCAGUCCCCAGUAAUUAGAAGUGGAAGUGUGAUGACUUUCGACCUCGACAAAUGAUUGCUGUUAACAGAUUCAACUUACAAUGUAUCAAACAACAGUAGAGCAAUUAAAUGUCGUAUAACUCUGGGUAUGGCAAAACCUUGUCACAAUCACCUGGAGGAAUUCGAUUCAAUACCUGCACUUGCCUCCGAGGGGUGGAUAACUCCCCUGCCAAGUGUACACCCCUAAUUUUGCCCAAUUCAAACUAAUUCAGACCAAUUCAAUUUAAUUCAAACAGUUUCAAAACUAACUCAACUAAUUCAGUCUAAUUCAAGACAAUGUACAUUCAAUUCAAGUCAAUUCAAGCCAAUUCACGCUAAUUCAGUAACAUAAAAUCGCAAUAAUUCAAACCAAUUCAAGAUAAUUCAAAUUCAAUUCUUGAAAUUUGUACACCCAAAUCAGGAGUUAUCCGCCCCUCGAUUGCCUCUGGUUGAAGUGAAAUCAUUUAAAAUAAUAUCUAUUUGUAUCUCUGAAUGUGUUAUCACUCCUUGCGUACUAAAAAUAUAAUUUGUCAUUCUUCACUUCACUUUCAUCUGAUCUCACUGAUGCGUUUUGAGGAUUACGAGUCAUUGUAGUCUAUUAAAUGAAAGUUUUAUAAUAUAUCUUAUCAUAGAAUGCAAUUUAAAUUCUCUCACAAUAUUAUAUCAGUAUCAUAAGAAAUAAUAUGGCUCUAAAAAAAUCUAGUCAAUGUAAAGAGAAUCAUAUAUUUUGUUCUGAUUUCGAACGGCUUAUCCUACACUAAGUUGCGACUGUGGCUCCAAUAUUGUUCGGUCCCUUACAAGUAUAUUUCUAUUCAGAAAAUAAGUGGUGAGUUUAAAAAACCUUUUAAAAUGUCUUUUUGUAAGAUCAAAUGUCUUCUGGUCGUUCUACGAGUGAACAUUAUUAUUUCGUGUACAAUUACAAAUUUGGAACAUUGCAAUUUACUAAAAGUUAUCAUUAAAAAUAUAAACCCAGAUGUA